AGGGCCGCGAGCCAAGAGCAGACCUCUGGGGCCCCGCAGUCAGUGUUUAUCCUAGCAGUCGACGGCGAUGGGCGUCCGGGUCGUAUUUUCGGCGCCGCGCCGCCUGCGCUACCGGCCGCGGCCAGUCUCGCUCGAUCUUGACGAGAGCGACUUCUGGGCCGAGAAGUCCGGCGGCGGAGAGUCCGACAAGUCCAUGGCCAAGUUCGCGGCCGGGGGAAUCACGACCCCGUGGGUCAGGCGGCUCCGCAACGACAACCUGGUUCAGGUCGACUUCGAGGUCUGGGGCGAUGUACAAGGGUUCUACUUCCGCAAGUAUGCCCGUGACAUGUGCCAGAGCCUGGGAGUCCGCGGCUGGAUCAAGCUCACCAACUGGGGCACCGUCGUGGGGCAGCUUCAGGGCGAGAAGGAACACGUCGACCAGAUGGCAAUGUGGCUUCGAUUGCAGGGGGCCCCGGGAAGUCGAAUCGAAAGGUGCGACUUCAAGCACUGGCGCAUGAUUGAAUCGUACGACUUCAGCUGCUUCCAGAUGAGGUUUUGAGAAUGUGCGAUGCCUUCGGACCCGGCUGACGACCCAAGGAAGACGCUUCGG